AUGGCAUUUGCCCUUUUGAAACCCCUACAAAGGCACCAGGAAGCAGCCAGCGUGGCCACUGAUCAGUCUCUACGCCAGAAAGCUGCGGAUGAGCUGAAACAUUAUUACCGCGGGUUCCACUUGCUUUGGAUCGAUACCACAGUGGCUGCCCGGAUGGUGUGGAGGCUGCUGCAUGGUCAGGUCCUCACGAGGAGGGAGAGGCGAAGGCUGCUGAGAACUUGCGCAGAUCUCUUCCGGCUGGUCCCCUUCCUGGUGUUUGUCAUCGUCCCCUUCAUGGAAUUUCUGUUACCUGUGUUCCUGAAGCUCUUCCCUGAAAUGCUGCCCUCCACGUUUGAGACGGAGUCAAAAAAGGAAGAAAAGCAGAAAAAGAAAUUGAAUGCAAAGCUGGAGCUAGCAAAGUUCCUGCGGGAGACCAUUGCAGAGAUGGCCAAAAGGAACAAGGCAGAUACAGGUCAAGGAAAACAAUUCUCUUCUUACGUGCACCAGAUUCGUCACAGCGGCCAUCAGCCCAGUACCCAGGAGAUCGUACGCUUCUCCAAGCUCUUUGAGGACGAGCUGACCCUGGAGCACUUGGAACGGGCACAGCUGGUAGCUCUUUGCAAAUUGCUCGAGCUGCAGCCCAUUGGCACCAACAAUCUGCUCCGCUUUCAGCUUCUGCUGAGACUCAGAACGAUCAAGGCAGAUGAUGAAAUGAUUGCCGAGGAAGGAGUCAGUGGCCUGAGCGUGCCUGAACUGCAGAGCGCCUGCAGAGCCAGAGGGAUGCGAUCGCUGGGUCUCUCAGAGGAGCAGCUGAAGGAACAGCUCAGACAGUGGCUGGAUCUACACUUGAAAGAGAACGUUCCACCUUCCCUGCUCCUGCUUUCCCGUGCCUUGUACUUGAUAGACAUAAAGCCACAAUCUGUUCCAGUUCCACAAAGCAAGAGAGGUGAAACUGCUGAGAUGAUGGCAUCUGUUCCUGAAGGUCAGGAGACCCUGGUGGAUCCUGCCCCCCUUGUACAGGGAAGAAAGAAUGAAGAAUUUGUAUCUCGGCCAACCAAGGAGUUGCCAGUCUCAGAAGUGUCGAUGAAGCCUCCCCCACGAGAGGCUAAGAUGGAAGCAUCUCAGAGCAGCAAGGCCGGCACCAACGGCGUCUAGCCUCAAGCCAGCAAGGACUGCCUGACGUGGGGGAGAACAGCUGUCAUCUCUGCACCUCCUCGAAAGGGAAGAGUGGUUUUCCAGGAGGCUGCUCGACACAGAAAGGUGUCGUAGCCCUCAGG